AUGGGUAGGUCCCCUUGCUGCGAGAAAGUAGGCUUGAAAAAAGGGACAUGGACAGCAGAGGAAGACCAAAAGCUUCUGGCUUACGUUGAAGAACAUGGAUACGGAAAUUGGAAAACCCUCCCAGCACAAGCUGGGCUUCAGAGAUGUGGUAAAAGUUGCAGAUUUAGGUGGGCAAACUAUUUGAGGCCUGAUAUUAAGAGAGGAAAGUUCAGCUUACAGGAAGAGCAAACAAUCAUUCAACUACAUGCUCUUCUUGGAAACAGAUGGUCGGUCAUAGCAACUCACUUGCCAAAGAGAACCGAUAAUGAGAUAAAGAAUUACUGGAACACACAUAUCAAAAAGAGAUUAAACAAAAUGGGAAUUGAUCCAGUGACUCACAAACUGAAGAUCCAUGCCCUCAGCACCAAUCAAUCCAAAUACACGGCCAAUCUCUACCACAUGGCUCAAUGGGAGAGCGUUCGGCUUGAAGCAGAAGCCAGAUUCAUCCAUCAGUCAAAACUUGUUUCCAACCCUUACCACUCUCAGGUGCCGCUCCUCCACAAAGCCACUGUUCCACCACCACUAGCACCGCCACUGCCGCCAAGGCCACCAUGUUUAGAUAUACUUAAAGUUUGGACAGGUGAAUGGGCAAAGCCCGCAAAAGAUAUGUCUACAAUUUUUAAUGAAUUUUCCCCCACAUUGAACUUCUCAUCAAAGAACAAGUUCAGCACCAUUUCUACCACAGUUGGACAUAGUGAUAGUUCAUCCAUCAUGCCGAUCAGCGACGUCGGAAAUUAUUUUCAUAUGAUCAACGGAAGAAUAAUGGAUCCUAUUAAUGAUUCCAUUUAUAUUACAAAUUCUUUAAAUGUUCCAAGUUUUAUGAAGAGCUUUACAGAUCUUCUGCCUAACAUGGAUGGUGUCACUGACAACGAUGUUGGAAGCUAUGAUGGUUCCAAGAGAACAAGAAUUAUUGGUGGAACAAUGAACUAA